CAGACUCAUAUGCCACUGAACAGUAGCCAGCAGCUGCAGGGGAAUUCUACUGGAACUAAAAUAAAAAAUAAAUAAAUACGUAGAGAGAGAGAGAGAGAGAGAGAGAGCAGGGUAGGUGCGUGGGAUUGAGGCUGAUGAAGACCACUCCUCUAGUAAUCAUCGGGGGGGCUGCCCCCUCCACCGCCCUUCGUACGUGUAUAGCCCCCUUUUCUCGCAUUAAUAAUGGCUUUAACAACAACAUCACCACCAUCAAAACCCCUCAACAAUUACCUCUCUCUUCUCAAUUUCCCUUCUCUCUUCCUCGUCCUCUUUCUCUUAUCGCCAUGGCCUCUUCUUCUUCUUCUUCUUCAACUCAGUCCCCUACUCAGAAUGCGUCAGCUGCGGAUUCUACUGCUGAAUUUAAUGUCUUUCAACUCAUUCAGGCUCAUCAGGGAAAGGCUGCUAGGCUUCCUUUCGUUGAAGAAAUUCGAACCGUUCUUGAUCACAGUUUACGCGGCAUGCUUUCCACUUUCUCUCAGAAGUAUGAGGGUUAUCCAUCUGGUUCAAUGGUUGACUUCGCUUGUGAUGCCUAUGGAUCUCCAAUAUUAGCAAUCAGCAGCUUGGCAGUUCAUACCAAGGACCUCUUAGCUAAUCCAAAAUGCUCUUUGCUUGUAGCAAAAGAUCCUGAGGAUAGGACUGAUUUAAUUAUAACCCUGCAUGGUGAUGUUGUUUCUGUCUCUGAAAAUGAUAGAGAAGCAAUCCGUACUGCAUACUUGGCAAGGCAUCCCAAUGCAUUCUGGGUUGAUUUUGGUGACUUUCAAUUUGUGCGUAUUGAACCCAAAGUCGUAAGAUAUGUGUCGGGGGUUGCUACAGCUUCAUUGGGUUCAGGAGAGUUUAGCAAAGAGGAGUAUAGAGCUGCAAAAGUGGAUCAAAUAUAUCAGUUUUCCAAGCCUAUUGCGUCCCACAUGAAUAAAGAUCAUGCAGAGGAUACAAAACUUAUUGUGCAACACUCAACCUCAAUUCCGGUGGAUUUUGCUCACAUGCUGGAUUUGGAUUGUCUUGGUUUCAAUGUUAAGGCUGGCCGUCAAGGGGAUACUUUCAAGCUACGAGUUCCCUUCCCUAGAAGUGCAGUGGAUAGAAAAGAUGUUAAAACUCUGAUAGUUGAAAUGCUUCAAGCUGCAAAGUCACAAGUUAAUUGAUUCUACUUGUGAAGAAUGAAGAGACGCGGGUUCCAAAUACCAGAUCAUCAUGAGAAAGCAUAAAAAAUCACAAUUUACUUUGGUAUUAAUGGACAGAUGGAAACAAAAUGCAAACAGUAUGAAACGCACUACUCCUCGAAUUGACGACAUGUAGGCUGAAAAAUUUGACUAGCUAUUGUAUAUGUUUGACAAAUUUGUUUGUUGUUAUAAAGGAUAGAUUUUGGUGGUGUAAAAAUGGAAAGUCUGCUUGAUAUAAAAAUGGUAUAAAGGAUAGAUUUUGGUGGUGUAAAAAUGGAAA